CAAGUCUCAAAACCAAACAUCUGAUUAGAUUAGAGGCUUCAAACAAGAGGCCCCAAAACCCAAACCCUAUUCUGGUUCACUUGCGAUUAUGGCGUCUGAGAGCGCUUCUCGAUCGAGUUCCGCGGCCGAUUCGUACAUUGGGAGCUUGAUAAGCUUGACCUUUAAGAGUGAGAUCAGAUACGAAGGUAUUCUCUACAACAUCAACACCGAAGAGUCCAGUAUUGCCCUCAGAAACUUUGAAUGAAGACUCUGAUGAUACAGGGAUGCAACAAGUGGUUAUGCACAAGUUGGACUCAAAAGUCAAAAGUCGUAGCCUUUUCUUACAACCCAUGUUACCCAUUUAAGCUUAUGUCAUUUCUUCGUUCUAUCCACACCAGCAUUGCUGAUUCCUAUCAAUCUAUAUUUCACUCCAAUCAGCUUCUUAAUGGGUUGUCAAAAUCUGGCCAAAUUGACGAUGCCCGAGAAUUGUUUGAUAAAAUGCUUCAAAGGGAUGAGUACACAUGGAACACCAUGGUAUCUGGUUAUGCUAAUGUGGGAAGAUUGGUUGAAGCAAGAGAGCUUUUUAAUGGGUUUUCAAGUAGAAGUUCUAUCACUUGGUCCUCCCUCAUAUCCGGGUAUUGUAGAUUUGGGCGUCAAGCUGAGGCUUUUGAUUUGUUUAAGAGGAUGAGGUUGGAGGGUCAGAAACCUAGUCAGUACACUUUAGGAAGUAUCCUGAGGGGGUGUUCAGCGUUGGGUUUGAUACAAAAGGGGGAAAUGAUUCAUGGGUAUGUGGUGAAGAAUGGAUUUGAAUCAAAUGUGUAUGUUGUCGCUGGCCUUGUUGAUAUGUAUGCAAAGUGCAGGCACAUUUCGGAAGCUGAGAUUCUCUUCAAGGGGUUGGCCUUCAACAAGGGAAAUCAUGUCCUGUGGACCGCCAUGGUUACUGGUUAUGCUCAAAAUGGUGAUGACCAUAAGGCAAUUGAGUUUUUUCGUUACAUGCACACAGAAGGGGUUGAGUCUAAUCAGUUUACAUUUCCUAGCAUAUUGACAGCGUGCUCUUCAGUUUCAGCUCAUUGUUUUGGAGAACAGGUGCAUGGUUGCAUUGUACGGAAUGGUUUUGGAUGCAAUGCAUAUGUUCAGAGUGCGUUGGUUGAUAUGUAUGCCAAAUGUGGAGAUUUAGGUAGUGCAAAAAGGGUAUUAGAAAAUAUGGAGGAUGAUGAUGUUGUUUCAUGGAACUCCAUGAUAGUUGGGUGUGUAAGACAUGGAUUUGAAGAGGAAGCUAUUCUCUUGUUUAAAAAAAUGCAUGCAAGAAAUAUGAAGAUUGAUCAUUAUACAUUUCCAUCUGUUCUGAAUUGUUGCAUAGUAGGUAGAAUUGAUGGUAAAUCUGUUCACUGUUUGGUAAUCAAAACUGGAUUUGAGAACUAUAAGCUUGUUAGCAAUGCUCUUGUUGAUAUGUAUGCCAAAACUGAAGACUUGAAUUGUGCAUAUGCUGUGUUUGAAAAGAUGUUUGAGAAAGAUGUCAUCUCAUGGACCUCCCUUGUCACAGGUUAUACACAAAAUGGCUCCCAUGAAGAAUCCCUGAAGACUUUUUGUGACAUGAGAAUUUCCGGGGUAAGUCCAGACCAAUUUAUUGUUGCCAGCAUUUUGAGUGCUUGCGCAGAAUUGACUCUUCUGGAAUUCGGUAAACAAGUGCAUUCUGACUUCAUUAAAUUAGGUCUAAGAUCAUCCCUGUCGGUGAAUAAUUCUCUUGUAACCAUGUAUGCAAAAUGUGGAUGCCUGGAUGAUGCUGAUGCAAUUUUUGUUUCAAUGCAUGUUCGGGAUGUAAUUACUUGGACAGCUCUUAUUGUUGGUUAUGCACGGAAUGGCAAGGGAAGAGACUCCUUAAAAUUCUAUGAUGCUAUGGUUUCAAGUGGCACAAAACCAGAUUUUAUUACAUUUAUAGGAUUAUUAUUUGCUUGUAGUCAUGCUGGUCUUGUGGAUGAAGGUCGUACAUAUUUUCAACAAAUGAAAAAGAUUUAUGGAAUAGAACCUGGCCCUGAACACUACGCCUGCAUGAUUGAUCUGUUUGGACGCUUAGGAAAACUUGACGAGGCAAAAGAAAUACUAAAUCAAAUGGAUGUGAAACCUGAUGCAACUGUAUGGAAGGCACUCCUUGCUGCAUGUAGAGUGCAUGGUAACUUAGAAUUGGGAGAGAGGGCAGCUACAAAUCUUUUUGAGUUGGAACCCAUGAAUGCUAUGCCUUAUGUUAUGUUGUCUAACAUGUAUUUGGCAGCUCGAAAAUGGGAUGAUGCUGCGAAAAUACGAAGGUUGAUGAAAUCAAAAGGCAUAACAAAGGAGCCUGGAUGCAGUUGGAUUGAGAUGAACAGCAGACUGCAUACAUUCAUUUCUGAAGAUAGAGGACAUCCAAGGGAAGCUGAGAUUUAUUCCAAGAUCGAUGAAAUUAUAAGAAGAAUUAAGGAAGUUGGUUAUGUUCCAGAUAUGAAUUUUUCAUUGCAUGACAUGGAUAGAGAGGGAAAGGAGGCUGGUCUUGCUUAUCACAGUGAGAAACUGGCUGUUGCUUUUGGAUUACUUGCUUCCCCACCAGGUGCACCAAUUCGGAUAUUUAAGAAUCUUAGAGUUUGUGGAGAUUGUCAUUCUGCCAUGAAAUAUAUAUCAGGAGUUUUCACUCGUCAUAUCAUAUUGAGGGAUUCAAACUGUUUUCAUCAUUUUAAAGAAGGAGAAUGUUCAUGUGAGGAUUACUGCCCUCAAACCCUCGUAGUUCUCACUGUCACCUAAGUUGCCGCCACCGUCGUCAUUGUGGCCAUUUGCAGGUACCCUCGAACCCUCACUGUCGCUCUCGUGCCUCCACUGUUGCGAACUCCACCAUGUCUGCCACUCCGCCUGCUGCCCUCUCCGUGACAGCACUUUGUGUCGCAGGUACCCUUUCCCUUUUAGCUUCUCAGGCUUGGAUUCAGAGUCAGAGCUUCAAAUGUUGAUAGUAACAUUCAACCAGCAAAUUGGAUCCCUGCAGGGUUUUUCGCCUUCCGUCCCAUGAGAAGUGCAAAAUGGGAUCUGAGAUUUGAGGGUUUUUAAUCUGUUUAAAGGUAUAAGAAGUGCAAAAUGAGAUCUGAGAACUCUCAAACUCUUUUCAGAUCUGAGAUAUGAAACCCCUUUUCAUGUGAAGAUGCGCUGAAGGUGUGAUGCACAGAGGUCGCAGUCACAACGUUAAACCUGUUUCCAGAUCUGACAAACGCGGGCGUGCUUGACCAAAUGAGCUACCUCCCUUUUAAUCAAUUUGGUUAGUGUUUUCUUUAAUUAUGUUUCAAUACUCUGUUCAGCAAUGAGGUACCUCUCUUUCUCUUACUCUCUUUUGACUCCUUCUCAAUUUCCACUCUAUACUCUUUUACAUUUUGUUCUGUGGAUUUAUUUGGCUUUGCUGUUGAAUUUUCUUCUUAGUUUUUGUCUAAAUAAUUAGGCUGGAUGAAUCUUGUGAACCAAUAACAUAUUCUACAAGAGAAAACUAAUAAGGAGGGUGUUGAUUCUGCAGUACAGAAAUUGGUUUCAUUAACGAGGCCCUUGUAGGUGGAUUGUUGUGGGUAUGCUAAUUUGUGUGGUGCUGUAGUCUUUUAUUUUCAUUAUUCACCAAUUAUAGAAUUGCUUGAUAACUUGAUUCCAAAACAUUAUUAGUUAUCCAACUGCAUUGGACCUGGUUUUUAUCUUAUUGUGAUUUUGACUGGAUGGGAUUUAUAUAAUCUCUUGAUGCAGCUUGGACAACACGAUUGGUAUUUAUGGUGGAGUUAACUUGGAGGAUGCAACUGUUAUUUAUCAUAACAAUCAGACUGGGAGAUGGCUUUCUAAUUUCAGCUAUAGGUAAACACAUAUAAUGCUUCAGAGCAAGAGCUCUAGGUAUUAGAGUAUACUUACUCCACUAAGCCUUUUUUACUUAGUGUCUUCUGUUUUCUGUUAUCUGUAAGCUGUCAGUUAGUUGUUACAGUAACUAAUAGAAUUGUUUACAGUUAGUCUCUCUGUAUAUAGAGAUGACUCUAUCCGUUGUAACCAUCUAAUCAUUUUUCUGAUCAAUCCCUUAGCACUUUAUGACUAGGUUAAUGAGGCGUAUGUUUUUGGUGGAUGGGGUUGAGCAGGCUGAAGUAUCAUGGGGAUGAUUUGGUUUUAAUUUCUGAUGUGGAGGAUAGUAAGAUGUUAGAGAUGUUAAAAGAGGAAGAAGAUGAUAUUCUCUAUUUGUUUCAUUGUGUUAAGAAGUGGAGCCCUAAACUACAACUUGGUUAUAGGCUAAUCUGGUUGAAGUGUAAAGGUUUGCCACUACACGCAUGGGACCUUGAGAGUUGUGGCAGCUUGUGGAACACUGGUAACUACAGAUGAAGACCCAAUGAAGAUGAACAAAGUCAAUGAAGCCCGUAUUCUGGUUAAAACUUAAGUUGUUCAACCUUUCUCUCUGUGCUCCUAGGUUAGGAUCAACGGGUUUUUUUACCAAGUACGUAUGGUUGAUGAGGUGGGGUAUAAAGAAAGGAAGUGGAAGUGUGUUGAGUGGAAUUUUCAGCCUUCUAUGGUGGAAAGCUCAUCCUUAGCAAGUGAUAGUGUCUCUGAAUGUUCUAUAGAUGAUGGUGGUAUGACGGUUGGUGAUAUUGUUCCGGUAACGGAAACAGGUCUAUCUCAAAAGGCAAUUUUUGAAUUUGGUAAGAGAAAGUCAACAUGAACUUUCUCAUGAGGACAGACCAGUCAAUGUUGACAGAAGGGAAAAGGAGCUAUGAACUUGGCAAAAUAACUCCGUAACUUUGGGAGAAGGGGUGCCUCCUCACAAUGGGGAAGCUAUCAUCUUGGAGGCAUAGGCAAUUAUCCUUGGUGGGGAGGGUAUGCCUCAUCAAUUCGGUAUUCACAUCCUUACCUUUGUUCUAUAGAUUAAGUCUAUUCUUAGGGAUUUUUUGUGGGCGAAAAGGGGGGAUAAUAGGAAAUUGGGUAAAUUGGAGGAAUGUAUGUUGCCUUAGAAGUCAUGGAGGAUUGGGAGUUGAGGACUUGAAGUUAUUCAAUGUAGCUUUAUUAGCAAAAUGGAGGUGGAACUUGUUUCAUCAACAAGACACUUUGUUGGGGGAUAUAUUGAAUGCAAAAUAUGGGGGUUAGAGGGGUUUAUUAUAAGUGAACUCAUGUGAGGGGGCAUCCAUUUGGUGGAGUGAUUUAAGGGUGGUGUGCCGUGUGUGGUGGUGAGGAUAAUACUAGAUGAUUUGAUGGACUAGUGAGUUGGAAGGUUGUUGUGGGUGAGAAAAUUAGCUUUUGGAGGGAACCUUUGGUGGAGGAGGUGUGCCUUAGCAUCAUCACAUGGUAGGCUUUUUGUAAACUCAGCAAAAUGAGGAGUCUAUAAAAAAAUAUGCGGCAGUGGGAAGGAGAUGUGUGGAAGUGGAAGACAAGUGGUGGUGGAAAAUUCAGCUUAUAAAGCACUACAUGAGCUACACUAUAUCUCACAAUCCCAAGAUGUGUUCUCAUUUAUUUGGGAUCUAAAGGUGCCUACAAAGGUUAUUUUGUUUUGUUUGCAGGCCUUUGAAGAAUAGGCUUCCGACAAGGGACAACCUUAACAAGAGGCGGUAUCAUUGUUGAAGAUCAAUUUGUUGUGUCCUCUUUGUCAUGUUGAAGUAGAAACUUGCUCACAUUUUAUUCAUGUGUCCAAAAGUGAAUUUGAUUUGGAAGCAUUGUUAUAGGUGGGUACAACUUGUGAUGGUGUUGCCAAGAAAUGUGGAGGAUCAUAUGUGGCAACAUGGGGCUUCAAUCAAAGAUGAAGUGGAGCAAGAAAGGCAGUAUGUUCUAUGGUUAUGCCAUUAUAUGGUCUGUAUGGAAGAAAAGGAAUGAAUGUAUUUUCAGGAAUAAGACAUUUGAGGUAGAAUCUGUGAUGAUGAUGUAGAAUUCAUGGCUUGGUCUCGGAGGAAAAGCAAAGUUAAAUCCUUUAACUAUUCUUUUGUUAUGUGGUCAAUGAAUCACAAUGCUUGUUUGAGGGAUGUUUCGGUGUAGCUUGGAUGGCAAUUGAGCACGGGAGCUAGUGGAGAUCAUAUACUGGAAAUUGCAUGCGGAUUUGCUUGUAUGAUGGGUGUGGGAUUAUGGGAUUAUUUUGUUGAUUGUGUGAGUAGUUUGUAUAGCUUGGUUGCGAGAAGGCUCAAUUUAAUGGGAGGAUAACACUGCUAGUAGGCCGAGACGUGGGGAAUGGUUUUUGGUUACUUAAUAUGCUAAAUGUAAUGCAACCAUUUUUCUCUCUCCAAAACUCUAUAAUUUGUAUUUGUUGUUGGGUAUCACUUAUAUCCUCUUUAUAUAUAUAAUUUUUUUUUGUCGAUAA